UUCUUCCAAUUUUUGUCCAGGCUGACACUCGUAGUCUGUACAGCUUUCAUCUUGCAUGAGCCUCUUCACUCUUCAGAUCUCUGACCCUCUUCACCAAAUUGUGUUCUUUCCAUUUUUCCAGGUCAUUUUUUCUCUUCCUCAAAAAUUUUCCCACCCUUUCCCGGGAAAAUCUCUCUUCUGAAUGUUGUACUCCGAGCAAUUACAGUAGAAAAUCAGACCAGGGAUUCUAUUUUACUAUCAGAUAUUAAUCCAGGACCAACCUUUGUGUGUUGCGCGGCAGCAAUCCGAAGAAUCCAUCCGCAACCCAAGGAUCGUUGACGGCCAUGAUAGUAGAGGAGAAGUAACAGAAGAGAUAUCCAAAUACCGUGCCAAACAACAUCAGACCAAACGAAUUCUCAUAACGCCCGCUUCAACUAAUCCGGCGACCAAUCCCACCAUCCGCUAGCAGGUGCCCGAUUAAAGCCAAGAGCAAAUGCCCCGCGGGACCUAGUUCAACUCUUUGCGGUCCAGCAAAAAUAACCGGGACUUCAGAAGAAGCUCCACCUUCAUUUUCCUGCUGAAAAUGGAGAGCUCCCGGUCAUUCUUCCUCUGUUUCUUGAUUUCUCUUCUCACUUUCCACUUCUUUCCUCCUCCUUCAAUCGCCCAACUCUCUCCCUCCGAAACCGGAACCCUCUUCGAAAUCCAGCAACUUCUUGAAUACCCAGAAGCAUUUCAAGACUGGAACAACUCGACCGACUUCUGUCACCUCCCUCCAUCUCCAUUCCUGGUGAUUGCCUGCUCAGGCAAUCGCGUAACCGAAUUAACCGUCACCGGAAAUAAACCAUCCCCUUCCCAAAUCGCCACCAAACCCACCUCUCGAAAAAACCCACCAUUUCCUAACCAAACCCUCUCUGGUAAUUUCUCCAUCGUUUCGAUCUUCGCCACCCUGACAAAUCUCACAAGCUUGAAAAUAUUGUCUCUGGUUUCAUUAGGCUUGUGGGGUCCCCUCCCUCCGGUGAUCGACCAGCUGAACUCACUCCAAGUGCUGAACAUCAGCUCCAAUUUCAUUUACGGGGAAAUACCCGCGUCGAUUUCGAGUAUGAAAAAUCUCACUAGUCUCUGUUUGUCUGGCAAUUUGUUAAACGGGAGCGUUCCGGAUCUCGCACCGUUACAGUCGCUUCAGGUGCUCGACUUGGGCGUCAACCAACUUGGGCCUGCAUUCCCCUCGCUGGGUCCCGCUCUUGUCAACAUCACACUGAGAAACAACUCGAUGAUAUCGGAAAUUCCUUCGACGAUCGCCAGUUUCGAUCUCCUCCAACGGUUUGAUGUAUCUUUUAACCAACUCGUGGGACCCAUUCCCCCCGCUCUCUUCUCUCUGCCGUCGAUCCAGUACCUCGUUUUGCGCUAUAACCAGCUCAGCGGGGCCCUCCCCGUGAACACCUUAACUUGCAGUGGAAAUCUCACCUACGUCGACAUUUCCGAAAACUACUUGACCGGGAACUUACCCGCGUGCAUCGGAUCGGGCUCUGGUAAUCGGACCGUUUUGAGUUAUUGGAAUUGUCUAUCGGGUGGGGUUUCAUCGAGGUACCAGCACAACGUGUCGUUUUGUGACAAAGCAGUGGCAUUGACGGUUCAGCCUUCGGAUGGAAGGCAGAACGGUCAAACCAAGAGUAAACUCGGGGUGAUACUUGGGGUUAUUGUGGGGUUUGUUGGAGCAGGUGGUGUAGUUGGGUUGGUGAUCUUGGUAAUCAUCAUCAAAGCCAAAAGGAGUAAUAACAAAGGGCGAAGUAGCAUCAAGUGUGACAGCUUUGUUGUUGACAAGACACCUUCUGUUCGCGGAUCCCCUGUCGUUGAUGGGAGGCAUGUUCCGAGAGGUAUAAAGUCGCCAACGCUGGGACUACCACCGUAUCAUGUUUUCAAACUGGAGGACAUGGAGGAUGCUACUAACAACUUUGACCCAGCAAAUUUGGCAGGGGAAGGAUCUCACGGACAGCUCUACAAGGGUUGCCUUAGAGACGGCUCAACGGCCAUGGUAAAAUGCCUGAAGCUCAAACAGAAGCAUUCACAGCAAAAUCUGCAGCAGCACAUGGAAGUGAUAUCGAAGCUUAGGCACAACCAUUUGGUCAGCGUUGUCGGCCACUGUAUUGUCACAUACCAAGACCAUCCCAAUACAGCUAUGACUCUAUUUCUUGUGCUUGAAAAUGUUGCGAAUGGGUCACUAAGAGAUCACUUGACAGAUUCGAAGAAGAGGGAAUAUCUGCAAUGGCCACAGAGAAUGGGGAUUACCAUGGGGAUUGCCAGGGGAAUUCAGUUCCUGCACACUGGAAUCGCGCCAGGAGUUUUUGGGAAUGAUUUGAAGAUUGAAAACAUAUUGUUGGAUGACAGUCUCACUGCAAAGAUUAGUAGCUAUAACAUAUCGUUGCCUUCCAAGGUAGGUUCGGAGAGCCCUCUCAAUCGACAAGAUGCUUCAAACCGCCUCAGCAGCACUGAAAAUCCAGAAAAGAAUGAUAUCUAUCAACUGGGUGUUAUCCUGCUUGAAGUAAUUACCGGCAAACCAAUCACAUCAGAAAGCGAAGCAGACAAUCUGAAAUAUCAGCUUGAGAAGGCCUUAGCUGAGUCAACGUCAAAACUACAAGAGUUGAUAGAUCCCUCACUUCGAGGAACCUUUGCUUACGAAUCGAUGAAAACUGCAGUUGAAAUCAGCACAAAAUGUCUUUGCGAAGAUCCAAGUGCGCGACCAACCAUAGAAGACGUUGUUUGGCAUUUGCAGUACUCGAUGCAAGUUCAACAAGGAUGGAGCACCACCAGUGGCAACCUAAGUACAAAGUUUUAGUAAUCUACUCCACCCCUUCAAAAUACGGAUCUGCGCCCGCCAUACGCACACUUGUAAAUUAGUAACACUCUCUUUUUAAGCAGCGAAAGUCAGCGUUGUCAAAUAAAUUAGUACUCAUCACUUUGGAGUGCUUAAUUGCUCAUGUGUUGCAUGCUGAACACUACUAUCAUAGUCUAAGUACAUUGAAUAUCAUUUUGUUGUGAUUAUUGGUA